AUGGCAUCUUCAUCAAAUGAUCCAUUCGACACUAAUCUUGACCAACGUUUUGAUGAUCUUUUUGAUGAUUUUUUUGAUCAGCAAUUUGAUGAAACGUUUUACCGUGUUAUGGAGCAGCAAGCAACAAGAAAACCCAAGAAGAAGCGGGCAUAUAUUGAAAGAGAACGGGAAGAAGGGCACAACCGGUUGUGGAAUGAUUAUUUUCGUGACGAUGCCACAUAUCCGGCUUAUACAUUUCGACGUCGAUUUAGGAUGGCCAAACCGUUGUUCAUGUACAUUGUUGAACGUCUUUCCACAGAAAUCCCAUUUUUUAAACAAAAAAGAGAUGCUGUGGGAAGAUUCAGUCUCUCCGGACUACAAAAGUGCACGGCAGCUAUUCGAAUCAUGGCCUACGGUUGUGCGGCAGACGCUGUUGAUGAAUACCUUCGCCUUGGAGCCAGUACGGCAAUUUCCUGCUUGGAAAAUUUCACAGAAGGCAUAAUACAGUUAUUUGGAGAUGAAUACCUAAGGAGACCAACACCGGACGAUCUUCAAAGGCUACUCAAUAUGGGCGAGAGGCGCGGGUUUCCCGGGAUGAUAGGAAGCAUUGACUGUAUGCAUUGGGAGUGGAAGAAUUGUCCUACAGCCUGGAAAGGUCAGUAUACCCGUGGUUCUGGAAAACCGACCAUUGUCUUAGAAGCAGUAGCAUCUGAAGAUCUAUGGAUUUGGCACGCUUUCUUUGGACCUCCAGGUACUCUAAACGACCUUAAUGUUCUUGAUCGGUCUCCCGUAUUUGAUGAUGUUUUACAAGGGAAAGCUCCUAAGGUGAAUUACAUGGUCAACGAUCACCAAUAUCAUUUGACGUACUACCUCACAGAUGGAAUUUAUCCCAGAUGGGCAACUUUUGUCAAAUCCAUUCCGCUUCCACAAGAUGAAAAAUCAAGGUGUUUUGCUAAACGUCAAGAAUCUGUCCGUAAAGAUGUUGAACGUGCUUUUGGAGUCCUCCAAGCGCGCUUUGCGAUCGUCAGAAAUCCAGCGCUUGUUUGGGAUAAAGAAAAAAUCGGAAAGAUUAUGCGGGCAUGCAUCAUAUUGCACAAUAUGAUAGUGGAAAACGAACGAGGAACCUAUACCCAGUUCAAUCUUGCAGAUUUUGAACAAGUCGACGCUAGCAGGACUUCACAUGUGGAUAGGACAUAUUCAACAUAUAUGCCUACAAAUAUUUUAAACUUGAUCGGGAACCGGAAAAAAGUUCGUGAUAAGGAAAUACAUCAACGUUUGAAAGACGAUCUGGUAGAACAUAUUUGGAACAAAUUUGGGAACUCCGAGGAUUAUGACUAA